AAAGAGAGGUGAAGUGAAGAUGGCGAGAGGCUCCCGGUGUUUGAGGAGAGCGGUAGCGGAGUGUAUCAGAAACUUACCGUCCACAGCCGGUCGAGAAACACCAGGGAAGAGUGGAGUGAGAUAUCUGUCUUCAUGUGGGAUCUUGAUGACCAGGGCGCCGCCCCUCUUCAGGGCUGUAUCAAGUCGUGCAGUGGUGGCUCCAGCCAGGAGCUUCUUCAACUUUGCAGAGUCAUUCAACAAGAGGAAGGAGUACUCUGAAAGACGCAUUAUUGGGUACUCAAUGCAGGAAAUGUAUGAGGUUGUGGCCAAAGUUGAAGACUACCUGCUAUUCGUGCCCUGGUGUAAGAAAUCAGAUGUUAUUUUCCGCCGCUCAGGCUUUUGCAAAGCUAAACUGACUGUAGGCUUCCCUCCUGUGGUAGAAAACUACACCUCUCUCGUUUCUACAGUUCGCCCUCAUUUGGUCAAGGCGUCUUGCUCUGAUGGAAAACUCUUCAAUCACCUGGAGACAGUGUGGCGCUUCAGUCCUGGCCUUCCUGGCUACCCACGUACAUGCACACUCGACUUCGCUAUUUCCUUUGAGUUCCGCUCACUCCUGCAUUCUCAGUUGGCCACCGUUUUCUUCGAUGAGGUCGUGAAGCAAAUGGUAUCUGCCUUCGAGCGACGGGCAUCCAAGCUGUACGGCCCAGAGACGCAGAUCCCACGUGAACUGAUGUUCCAUGAGAUCCACCACACGUAGUUCAUUCCACAGCUUCAGAUGGAAGAGAAGAGGGGGUGUUUAGGGAACGGGAGGGUUAUUGAAAACAUACAUAUAGAGUAUUAUAAGGACAAUCAGGAGAGCGGGAGCUGUGUGCCUGAAUAUCGUCAGUGCCUGGUCCAAAUAAAACCGUUUCACUUUUUUUAUGCUAAAAAAAAAAAAAAAAA